AUGGCUGGACAGUGCUCACUGGACAGGACACUCCAGAAAACUGAUUCUGACAGCAAAGUGUCGCGACCGCCCACACGCCACGCCCCUCAUAUCCACAUUUAUAAAUAUAAUCGGGUAAUUAUAGAACUGUUGACAACAGGAACUAAUUCGGCAUUGGCCCUUGAUAACAAUCACAACAAAUCUGAUCUCAAAAAGAAUGCAGAAUACAAUGCCCAAAGAGACACCAGUAGAAGCAAAAGGAUAAAGUAUGUUGUAAAUAAAUUAGUGCCUUCUGAAGAAGAAAUCAUAUUGAAUGAACCACCGCGAUCCACGAACAACACGAAAAUGCAGAAAAUACAACAAUAA